AUGCCCUCCUGGGCCCUCUUCAUGGUCACCUCCUGCCUCCUCCUGGUCCCUCCAAACCUGGCACAAGUCACCAGCCAAGAUGUCUCCUUGCUGACCUCGGAUUCAGAGCCCCUGAACUGUUUCUCCCAAACAUUUGAGGACCUCACUUGCUUCUGGGAUGAGGAAGAGGCAGGACCCAGUGGGACAUAUCAACUGCUAUAUGCCUAUCCAGGAGAGAAGCCCCGCACCUGCCCUCUGAUCUCUCAGAGCGUGCCCCACUUUGGGACCCGUCAUGUGUGCCAGUUUCCAGCCCAGGAUGAAAUACGUCUCUUUUUUCCACUGCAUCUCUGGGUGAAGAAUGUGUUCCUGAACCAGACUCUGAUGCAACGAGUGAUCUUUGUGGAUAGUGUGGGUCUACCAGCUCCCCCCCAUAUCAUCAAGGCCAUGGGUGGGAGUCAGCCAGGGGAACUUCAGAUCCGGUGGGAAGCCCCAGCACCUGAAAUCAGUGAAUUCCUGAGGCAUGAACUCCGCUAUGGCCCUGCAGAUCCCAGGAACUCCACUGGCCCCACAGUUAUACAGCUGCUCCCCACUGAAACCUGCUGCCCCACCCUGCCAAGGCCAAAUCCCGCCUCCACCCUACACCAGUCUCCAUGUGCUCUGCCCACAGCAACCCAGCAGGAUGGACCAACAGAGACCUCUCCAACUGGAGAAGCUCCAUCUCUGAAAGUCAGGGGUGGAAGUUGCCUCAUCUCAGGGCUCCAGCCUGGCAAGUCCUAUUGGCUCCAGUUGCGUAGCCAGCCUGAUGGGGUCUCCCUCCAUGGUUCCUGGGGAUCCUGGUCUUUACCUGUGACUGUGGACCUUCCCCGGGAUGCAGUGACAAUUGGGCUUCAAUGCUUUACCUUGGACCUGAAGAAUGUUACCUGUCAGUGGCAGCAACACAACCAUACUAGCUCUCAAGGCUUCUUCCACCACAGUAAGACACGGUGCUGCCCCAGAGACAGGGACCCUGUCUGGGAGAAGUGUGAAGAAGAGGCAGAACCAAAUCCAGGAUUACAGCCUCCUCAGCUCUCUCGCUGCCACUUCAGGUCACAGAAUGACAGUGUUAUUCACGUGCUUGUAGAGGUGACCACAGCCCAGGGUGCUGUUCACAGCUACCUAAGAUCCCCUUUCUGGAUCCACCAGGCUGUACUCCUCCCCACCCCAAGCUUGCACUGGAAGGAGGUGUCCAGCGGGCAGCUGGAGUUGGAGUGGCAGCACCCAUCCUCCUGGGCAGCCCAAGAGACCUGCUAUCAACUUCGAUACACAGGAGAAGGCCAUCAGAACUGGAAGGUGCUGGAGCCGCCUCUAGGGGCCCGGGGAGGAAGCCUGGAGCUGCGACCCCGAUCCCGCUACAGCUUACAGCUGCGCGCCCGGCUCCACGGUCCCACCUACCGGGGCCCGUGGAGCGCUUGGUCUGACCCUGCGAGGGUGGAGACGGCCUCGGAGAGCGCCUGGAUCUCCUUGGUGACGGCUCUGCUCCUGGUGCUGGGCCUCAGUGCCCUCCUGGGCCUGCUGCUGCUGAGGUGGCAGUUUCCCGUGCACUACAGGAGACUGAGGCAUGCCCUGUGGCCCUCACUUCCAGACCUGCACCGCGUCCUCGGCCAGUACCUUAGAGAUACUGCAGCCCUGAAUCCACCCAAGGCUACUGUCACAGAUAGCUAUGAAGAAGUGGAACCCAGUCUCCUUGAAAUCCUACCUAAGUCCUCAGAGAAGACUCCCUUGCCCCUGUGUUCCUCCCAGGCUCAGGUGGACUACCGAGGCCUCCAGCCUUCUUGCCUGGAGGCCAUGGCUCAAUCUGGAUCCUGCUGUACCACCCACAUUGCCAACCAUUCCUACCUACCACUAAGUUGCUGGCAGCAGCCCUAAAAGCAGGCCCCUCGCUCCCAGUUCCCUGGACAGAUACAGGACUCUGCAAACCUUUUGACCUUGAUCCCAAAGCCUCAGACCUCACACCUAUUCCUGUCUACUUCCUUGGGCUUUAUUGCACUGAUCUUUCUAACCUCUUCCUGACAAAUCAAGGCCCUGUUGUAAAAGGUAUUUAAAAACUACUGCUGAAAAACAUGACUCCCUACUUAGACCUCCAAAUUACUUCAAGGCAGAAUAAAAGCUAGGCAUCCCUACCAUGUAUCUAUGUCCUUUGCUCUGGAUAUUCUCUCCUGCAGUCACAACUAUCUUGGAAGCUAGGAAGGAGGAACAAACCACUGAACCCACCAGGCAUUAUUAUUCUUACUGUAAUAAAAUCCCAUCUGACAAAUCGUGACUGUCAUAGCACCUUUGACCUGAUACUGGGACUCUGACUCAUUCCUCUGACCUAGGACUACAACUGCUUAACCCUGCCUUUCAUCCCCUGCUCCUAGUUCUUUGUCUAUUUAAACUUAUA